AUCUCUCUCUCUCUCUCUCUCUCUUAAAUGGCUCCAAAAAAUGAUGGAUCAGCCAAGAAAGUAAUGAACAAAGGAGCAUGGACAGCAGAGGAAGAUCAAAAACUGUCUCAGUGCAUUGAAAUCCAUGGUGCAAAGAGGUGGACAGCAAUUGCACUCAAUGCAGGUUUGAAUCGAUGCGGGAAGAGUUGCAGAUUGAGAUGGUUGAAUUAUCUGAGACCCGAUAUCAAACGAGGCAACAUAUCAGAUGCAGAAGAGGACUUGAUACUUAGGCUUCAUAAGCUACUAGGGAACAGGUGGUCUUUAAUUGCUGGGAGACUUCCAGGACGGACCGACAACGAGAUAAAGAACUACUGGAAUUCUUAUCUGAGCAAGAAAAUAAAUCAAAAGGAGAAAGCACCGGAGGCUUCAACGACAACAGCACAAGAUGAUCAGGUAAUUAUGCCUCAAAAAACCUAUAGCGUCGAUCAUGUGGACGUGGAGGGUGCUAAAGGAGGCGGGAAUUCUGAAGGAAACUUUGAUGUGAACGAGUUCUUUGACUUCACCGCUGAAGGAUCGUACGAUUUAAACUGGGUGAACAAAUUUCUUGAACUCGACAAGGAUCCUUGGCUCACUGAGAAAUGCUGGAGUGUGGUGUCCAAGGUGCUGUCUGGAGGAGCUGUUGGGCGUGUUGUCCAGGUGCAGAAGGUGCUGCAGGUUACUGUCCAACAGCUGCUGUCCCUUGCAGGUGUUGCCAGGUGUGCUGUCCAAGUGCAGAAGGUGUUGCAGGUCGUGUAG